AUGCUCAUGGGCGGCCUGACCUUGGUUGUGGAUGUGAACUCACGUCAGAAACUGAGUGCCCACCAGACAGGCGAGAUCUGCUUCCGCACAUUUUCUAUGGUGAGGGGUUAUUACAAGCGACCAAAAGAAACUGCCGAGCUUUUCGACGAAGAAGGCUGGUGUUUGUCAGGUGAUGCAGGAUACUACGACGAUGACGGCCGCCUGUACAUCUUCGAUCGCCUGAAACAGAUGAUCAAGUGCAUGGAUAAGCAGGUUGUCCCCGUAGAGUUAGAAGACCUGCUACUCCGACACCACGCGGACGAGAUCGCCGAGGUUUGCGUAGUCGGCGUUCCGCACUCCGACUAUGGCGAGGCACCUGCGGCUGCCGUCGUACUUACGGAGAACGGCUGCAUGCAGGAACUACCGACACUGGCCGAGAGGAUAAAGGAUACGGUUGCCAGUAACCUUGCUGUCUACAAGCACCUGUAUGGGGGCGUUUAUUUUGUGGACUCUUUCCCGAAGACGGAGACAGGAAAAGUCAACAGAACAGCUCUGGCUCGCUCUCUCUUAAGUGUUUAG